AUGAAGUACUCUAUGAUUCUCUCGACCUGGAUGGUCGUGGGCCUCGUGGGCGCUGCGCCAACCACCCAGCCAAUCUCGAGCGGGAUUGAGGAGAUCGCAGCUCCACCUCCUUAUCGACCUCCUUACUACAAGGAUCAUGACGACCACCGUCACGAUCGCCAUGAUGGACAUCCAAAGCGUGAAGACGAUGAUCACCACCAUGAUCGCAAUGAUGACCACCGUCACGAUAAGGACCAUGAUGGACAUUUCAAGCGUGAAAUCGUUGAGCACCACGACGGUCACCACGAUGGUCACCGCGACGACCACCAUAAGGAUCACCAUGAUGGCCAUCUAAAGCGUGAAGUCGAUGAUCACCACCACGAUCGCCAUGACGACCACCGUCACGAUCGUCAUGAUGGUCAUCUAAAGCGUGAAGUCGAUGAUCACCACCACGAUCGCCAUGAUGACCACCGUCACGAUCGUCAUGAUGAUCAUCCAAAGCGUGAAGUCGAUAACCACCACCAUGAUCACGACGAGGACCAUCGUCACGACAAGGACCAUGAUGGACAUUUCAAGCGUGAAAUCGCUGAGCACCACGAUGGUCACCACGACGGUCACCACGAAGACCACCAUAAGGAUCACUAUGAUGGCUUUCUGAAACGUGAAGUCGAUGAUCACCAUCACGAUCGCUACGACGACCACCACCACGAAGGCCACCAUAAGGAUCACUAUGAUGGCUUUCUGAAACGUGAAGUCGAUGAUCACCAUCACGAUCGCUACGACGACCACCACGACGACCACCACGAAGACCACCAUAAGGAUCACUAUGAUGGCUUUCUGAAACGUGAAGUCGAUGAUCACCACCACGAUCGCUACGACGACCACCGUCACGAUCGUCAUGAUGGACAUGCUCACUAA